ACUCUCUCCCUCGGUGACCUCCUCCGAAGCUGAAGCAAGGCUCUUCUGCACAAGAUCAACUAGAUCUUCGCUUCACUGAAGAUCUGUCAAGAUGUAUACCUCAAUGAAGAAGAUCCACAAGGAUAAGGAUGUGGAACCCACUGAAUUUGAGGAGACUGUUGCUCAGGCAUUAUUUGAUUUGGAGAACACAAACCAGGAUCUUAAAAGUGAUUUAAAGGACCUUUACAUCAACUCAGCAGCUCAAAUUGAUGUGUCUGGAAAUCGCAAGUCUGUUGUCAUCCACGUUCCCUAUAGAUUGAGGAAAGCAUUCCGCAAGAUUCAUCUUAGGCUUGUACGAGAACUUGAGAAAAAGUUCAGCGGAAAGGAUGUGGUUCUUAUCGCCACCCGAAGGAUAUUGCGCCCACCUAAGAAAGGCUCUGCUGUUCGAAGACCUCGCUCUCGUACACUUACAGCUGUUCAUGAUGCAAUGCUUGAGGAUGUUGUGUAUCCCGCUGAGAUUGUUGGAAAACGCAUCAGAUACAGGAUUGAUGGGUCAAAAAUCAUCAAGAUUUUCUUGGAUCCCAAAGCACGGAAUGAUACCGAGUACAAACUAGAGACAUUCGCUGGUGUUUACAGGAAGCUUUCUGGGAAAGAUGUUGUCUUUGAAUAUCCGAUGACAGAGGCUUAAGAGCUGCGGUCGCAUAUGCUUUUCUGUUCCUAUUACUGUUUCCGUUUUUUGUGUUAAAGAUUGUCAUUGCUUGAAUCCUAUUAUGGGCUACCAGAAAUUUUGAGUGAGAUAGGAAUUGAUGAACUUCUGCAUGUGAAGCUGGGAACCUUUAUGAUUUUUUUGCCCUUUCUGCUGCUUUUGAAUUUGUAUUUGUAGAAACUCCUAUACACUGAUUUGAGGAGAAAGCCUUUUCUCGUAGGACUAAAUAGCUUUUCUAAUUUUAGCUCCAUGCAUGGUUAGAUUCAUUCAUGUUCUGUUUAGUAGAAGGAUGGAAAGUAAGAGUGGUAUAUUUUUUAUUUUGCAAUAAAGUAGAAAUGAUAUA